CGUGUACUUGUUCCGGAAGUUGCACUCGGCGACAUUUAAGAAUUCCUAUCUUUUUAAAAUUUGGAGUAGUUAUUUGUUAUGAAUAAAUAUAUAAAUUAAUAUAAGUGCUAAUUAAGGUUAUUUAAGUGUUAAUAAAAAAGUGUCAAUAUGGCUAUCUCUUUAAUGAGAUAUGGACUGCGUUCAGCUGCAUUUAAUUUGGAGAGAACUGCGUCUCUCCUUUCAAAUACCAGUGCACAGAGAAUGAAGUUCAUUCACACAAAAGUGUACUGCAAUGGGAAGGUCUGCUACAUUCAGUACCAAGAACCGCGCGAGCUCGACCUGUUGGAGCGAGCGCUGGCUCUACGUAGGAACUACAGCAAACAGCACGGCAGACCCGAGGAGAACCGCAGGAAAAAGGCAUUGGACAGCGAAAGCGAUUCCGAUUCUGAUACAGAGUGCAAAGGAUUUGAUCGGUCAGAAUUCUGGCGUCGGAAAAUGCGUACUGUGCACAACAUCCUUGACGUGGACAAGGAUGGUCUGAUCUCAUUCAACGAUUUCCUGCUUUUGUCCGAGCGGUUUAAGGCGCUGGGACAUCUGGACGACGAGCAGGCGAAAGAGUUCACUGCUAUUAUCAAGUUGACCUGGGAGCAGCAAUGGGGGGCAAUAGAUCCCUACAACUUUGUCACAGUUGAGCAGUAUUUAGAAGAUAUGCAUCACGUGCUCAAUGACAAGACAUUGAAAAAGAAGGCACAUCAGUGGUUGCCAUAUUUGUUUAAGGCGGUGGACAAAGACAAGUCCGGCUUCAUCUCCGUGAACGAGUUCAAGCUGUUCUUCCAAUGUCUCGGCCUCAGCAACGAACAUGCAGCUGUCGCCUUCGCUGUCAUCGAUACUAAUGGGGAUGGAAAAGUAUCGCUCAAAGAAUUUGUGAAACUUGGCAAAGACUUCUUCACAACCGAAGACGAGACGCGAGUGUCCAAAAUGUUUUGGGGACCAUUGACUGAAGUGUGAUUAAACAACAAUGGCAAAUUGAAGAAUGUUUGUAUACGCUAUGACUAUGAGUUGAUAUAAUAAUUAUGUAUAAGUGUGCUAAAUAAAAGUAAAAUAAUUGUUUAAUAAUUUCUUUACGAACAUAGGGCAUCCAUUAAUUACGUUAGGUUAUUCUAGCCAUUUUUUCCACUCUUGUAGGAUUUGGUA